AAGGAGCGGGAACUCAAGUACAGAAAGUACAGAAGGCCAUAUAGGCUGUGUUUGGAAACGUCACCCGAGUGCUCUUGGAUAUCAUUCUAUCUUUGUCUCACAUUCAAUGAACAACAAUGAUAGAAUGAUACCCGAGAGCACUCAGGUGAUGUUUCCGAACGCAGCUUCAUUACCACGUGAUUGAUUAUGUUGGUACACCUGACUGUUCGAAAACAGUUCAGUGUAAAUUUUACUUUAUCCGUUAUGGGUGUCACACUCUUUCGCUAAUUUCUGUGAAUUUCUGAAUUCUGAGUGCCUCAAAUAGCUUACAAGUAGAAGGUCUGUUAUUAUUUGGAGAGAGAAAGAGAGAGAGAGAGAGAAAGUGAGAGUGAAUUUCUGAGUUUUCCAACAAAUAGUUUUGUUUUCACGUUAUGGGCGACAGAAUCUUUUCCCAAGAAGUUAAAACGAGCAAUCGGAGAAGGCGUGCGAAUGAUUUCACAAAUUCUUUAUAUAGUUUUCGUCAACAGACACUAAGUGACGAGGAAUUGAGUCAAGCCAUGUCUCAAAUAUCCUCGGAAGACAAAGAGAGGACAUUAGAUUCUAUAAGAAAUAAGCAAAAUGGAUCUGAUAAGUCUAGCUGUUCUAACACAUCUCGUGCUUCCGUUAUUCUAGCAGGACAUAUAGUCACUACACAAAGUUUUCAAUCGUCUGACUUGUGCAAUAAUGUUGAGAAAAACUGCAAUAUCGCAGAUAACAGACUUUUGUUGAAGGAUACGUUAAGUACGUCAGAUGAAACAUCAUAUUACUCAUUGAAACCUGAUUUAAACAAAUGUAUAAAUUUGUUUGAUAACAGGCACAUGAUUAAAGAAUACAGUGAAGAACAAUCAAGUGCUACACUGUCUGAGACUGUAGCUAAUAGUAACAUUAAUCCUUGUUAUUUAAAUAAAAAUAAGACCAUGAUACAAUGGGACCUUAAUAGUUAUAGCCUUUCGCGAUCUGCAUCAGCAGAUUCAUUAAAUAUUAAUUCACUUAAUCAAAAUCUUAGAAGAUCUAAAAGCCACACUAUAUUCGACAAACCUCUGAACAGAGAUAGGAAUUACAACAUUAAUGCUAACCAGUUUCCUGCCAAGAUCGCAAUGAAACUAAGUUGCAAUAAGAAUAAUGAGAAAGUUAAAACAAUCGUUCCUUCCUUUGAUGCACUAUCAUUGUCAAAACCUCGUACUUUACCAAGCAAGAAAAUUGAUCCUUAUUCUACAGAGGGUCAGAUAUAUAAUUCAGUAAACAGCGAGGAAAAUUCGAAAGAGGAUCUUAGCCCUUCUGAAUUGAAAAUAUUUUUACAUUUGAUGACUGAUCAACAACCACUGAGAGAGACACCUGAGCGUCAUUUGAGACGUAUGUCCGCGAAUUAUUACGACUCGCCCAAAACUUUUACAGAAAGAUUAUUGACAAUAAUUGAAGAAUCAGUUAUAAAUAACGACUCACAAUGUGUACAACAACAUUCAAACGCCAGUUUAUUGAGAUUCAACGAGGAAAUUCGAAAAACAUGUAAAUUUAUAGAGGACGAGACCGCUCCUGUAUGGCCUCAGUCUCCUAGCACAAUGGCAAAAAAAAGUUUUAGAGUCGAUCUCUCACGGAAAUCUCUUGCUUCUGCAUCUCCUAAUAAAAGUCCGUAUACCACGCCUGUUUCUCUUCAAUGUAACAUUAGAAGCCCCAAGAAAAUACAAAGACGUAUAUCGAAAAAUGCUUCGUAUACAAUGAAAAAUUUUCCAUACGACACAUGUACAUUUGAACACUGGGAGGCGUAUUGUAAAGAAUUAUUUCCCAAUGAAUAUAAAACUCUCCCAGCUGAAGAAAAGAUUGAGUUACAAUCACCCUCACGAAACUUGAAUAAUAUUUUGCUUAAAUGUGACAGUCAAAUGGCCUCCUUGGAAGAUUCGCUCGAUAUUCGCGAAGAAAUGAAAAAAGCUGGUGCAUGCACAUCGGACUUGGCAGAUCGAAACAGUAAAUUACCUGAAACACAGAUUCUGCAGUACAGAUUGUUGCCAUGUGAAAAAUAUGAUAAAACGAAUUCGAAAAGAGUAUCUGACAGACUCGAGCACCAAACAGAAUGUGAUAAACGUCAAGAAAUGAUAAAAUUGGACACCUUUGAUAAUUCGCUCAUAUAUGAGAUUGCGAAAAAAAGACAAAGAUGUCUCGAAACGGCAAAGACAUUAAUGGAAAUUGAUGCGAGUUCAACGUCGAUGGAAGUAAAAAAAAUGUGUCCAGAUAUCGUAAUCACUGAAGUCUCACCAACUAGGAAUGAAUUUUUGCGAACUCUAAAGCACAUGAAAAAGUAUUGUAAUUAUUUGGAGGAGCAGAAAACACCCUUGCUUAGUUUACUUCAUCAAGCAAAAUCGAGCACUCAUAGUCACGAUAAGAAAGAUGUCCGAGCUAAAAGGAUGUCCAACGAAAAUGCCAAUACAUUGUCAACUUGUGCGUUGUCGACUAUAUUAGGAAACAAACCGACAAAGCUUUCACCGAGGAGAAAGAGUACGAGUCCUUCGGCGACGAAACAUCAUUCCACUAAAACAUUUGUUUCAAAGCCACGACUAUUUGUAACUCCUGGGAAGAAGUCAUCUGGUAAUUUUGGUAAUAAGCCGAAGCGGACAUACUUUCCCAAUAUGCUGCCAGGAAUAGGAAGAGACAUGGGAAAUUACAAACACGUAGUAUCACCGGUUGGAUUGUACAUAAAAGGUGAUAUGGAUUCACAUUUGCUAAAAAAACCAAAGCCUAAAAUAGAUGGAAAGCUAUUGACACCGAGAAAACGGACUACACGAUCGUCCAGUCCAAAAACGAAGUUUCAAUUAUCUCCGAAAAGAAAUUCUCCAAGAGGAUCAAAAGCGAAACUGACUGGAACAGCGAAAAACGAAUACAGUGCUGGUAACUUUUUGCCAAAAAUGGAUUACAAAUUUCCACACAUGGAAGAAGAAGAAAAUCAAAAAAUAAAUAGGAAAAUUGUAAACAAAUAACUACGCAUUCUAUGCAAGACAAAGUUGUGGUUCCCAAAGGUUGUAUAAAGUCAGUUAAACCAAACCACUUGGAGGAGUUCAAAGUUUAUUUCAAUUUCGUAAAAAAGUCCGUGCAUAUUGAAUAAGUAAUUGGUAAAGGCGUUUUCAUGUACAAAAGAAUUUAUAACUGAUACAUAUACAGUCAAUGUGAUACUGAUGAUUUGUUAAUUGAAGAUCGGUGAUGUAUAACAAAGAAUAUAAAUUUAUAAUGCACGCGUUAAUACUUUUAUGAAAAAUUAUAUUACAUAUAUAUGAAUUAUAUGAGUUCUAUUAAAUGUGCAAUUUUGCAAAUUUACUUUCUUUUGUGUAAUUACUUUGCAUUUUUGUAUUGUAAAAUUAUUACAUUUUUUUGCUGCACACCAUUUUAUUUGAAAAGAUUAAACAAGUUUUUCUUCUAAACAGUUUGAUUAUGAUUAUAACUAUGCGACAAUUUUCAAUUCUCCAUGUGAUAUUAAAAAUAACAUGAAAACUAUUCAUUAAAUCCAGAUCUGUUUCUUGAAAAAUAGUAUGCAGUAAUAAAAUAUAAACGUAACAAAGAGAGAAAGAGAAGUGACGUUCAAGAGUCCACACAUUCUUGUUCUUAUCUAAUUGCAAAUGUGCUGAUCUAAUUCUUAAGUUUUAUCAUCCUAAUAUUAAUAUUACGUUGAGCAUUAUUUCAGUUGGAAAAAAAGUUCAAGUGUUGUUGCACACAUCUCUAAACGAAGUGAUCUAAAUGCAAAAUAGAAAUGAAGAAAAAACACGAAGCGCUUUUCAACGAAUUACUUCGGACUAAUGUUGAUAAGAACGCUUUUACGAGAAACGUCGUAAAAUAUGCUGUAAAAACAUGACAUGAACAUGGCAGAAAGAAUGGAUGGAAGAAUCUCGAAGAGUGAUCAUCACUGUGUGGUUUUCAGAAUCUAACGGGAGCUCGGUUGUGGGAGGUUCUUUCUUUCUCUCUCAUUAUCGAUACGGUACCAUUGAGGCGCUAUGUAAUUGCGUCGUUUCUUGUAAUUCUCAUGAUUGGUUUCGUAUCGAGACAGGGCCGCCGAUCUCGAGUCAAUAAUACCUUCAAGAAUUGUGCCAAUAUCGCGGGCAUUGAAUUUUUAAUUAAAUAAUUAGGAAAGAGUACGAGGACACGUAUUGCUGGCGUGAUUUGAGCGUCCUCGAUAUCGAACUCGAUCUUUUUUUUUUAUAUUACGUAACGUUCCACUUCCUGAUACGUACAAUAGAUAUCGGUCAAGCACCAUGAAAAUGUAUAAAAAUGUAUAAAUAUUGUCCGUCAAAUGAUUAAGUAUUGCAUAUAAAUUAUUUUCUAUAGUAAAUAUGUUUUUUGAAUAACUUUUAAAAUCGCUUCUUUAUUAAAUAUCUUUAGUUUCUAUUAAAUACCUAGUUUGCCCAUAGAAAAUGAUAUUUAUGAGUCUAUGUUAAAUUCUUCAAAGACAAUGCGAUGUAAAAGCAGAAUCCAAAAUUAAUACAUGUUAAUUUUGAUUGAGUAUUUGAUUUGUUCUUAUUUUUAAAUUUAUAUAUAAAAUUACAAAUAUUGGUUUGAUAUUAUUCAUAUAAUUAAAAAUUUUUUUGAUCAUCAAUUUUGCACAAAGGCAAAAAUGAAUAAAAAUUACAUUGUUUGAAUUAUAUUAAGACAAAAGCGCCAAUUGAUUCGAAUUAAAUGUCUACAGGAAAUCAAAUGGUGGGGGACCGAAUGGAGAUAACGUCGCUUUCUGCGUCAUCCUAGCAGACAGCCUAUUAGAAAAAAAUUCGUCACUGGAAUCACACGGCCCUGAGGAAUUGCGCAUGGUACGCAUGUUGACGAUUGCACACGCCGCGCGGUUGCGCUUGUCUGGUCGCUCGGAACCAAGCCCGACUAUGGUGGGGAACGAUCGAUAAAUUCGAAGGCACGACGCUCUACCGGCGAGUAAGCAUUCCGCUGCAUUAUCUGAGAGUUUGAGAGCCUCGACUGCGAAGCGACAAGCCAGAACUGAUCAAGAUGCCGGGACCAGGAUGCGAUAAAUGCAAGGAGAAAUGCAAGGAUGGCUGCAAGUGCGGUGACAAUUGCUGCUGCGACUCGCAGGGAUGCAAGGACCAAUGUGGCUGCAAAGCUGGGGGAAAGUGCACGUGCAAGCCUUGUACCUGUUAAUUAACAACCAUGUCAAGGACCAUCCACGUUGGAGAUGAUAAUAGAUCCCUGACGCGCCCGAGUUUCAACAUGUAGACAAAAUCCGAAACACAUUAUUAUAACAAUGUAAAAUUUUAUGCUUAGUAAAUAUUAGAGAUGCGAAGUUUUCGCUUUUUGUUAAAUGAAUAAUUAAUAAAUUUAAUCUUAUUUACACGUUAAA